UGCUCCAAGGGGCCUGUUUCCACACUGUAGGGAAUCUAAUCUAACAAGCACUAAUCAGCCAGUUUCACACAACCUCACUGACCACUUUCUCCCCAUCCUCUCUCAUUUUCAGUUUCUCCUUCUCUCGCUAAUGCUCCGCCCAGUUAUCUUUCUCGGCUUCUAAUUGGACGGAUGUCGGAACUCUGUGUGUCACAUCCGAGCGGAUUGGGUUAAAAUGUAUUACAAAUAGUUACAGGAGACUCAUUCAUAAAAUAAUCAAAGGGCUGGGAGAGAGGGGUAAAGAGAGUGCGGGAGUGGGACACAGAGGGGAGAGAAGAGGGAAUUGGGGCGGGAAGAGAAAAGAGUGGGACCUAAAGCCCGACGGCGGUUGGGGGACGGGUGGGUGAGGUCGUGCUGAAUGAAUGAGCCGCGGAGAGUGAGCAGAUCACGGGGCCGGGGUUCGCUUUCUACCCGUUAGCGGCUCUGGGGAAGCAUGUGGAAGGGACAGGGCUGCGGGGCGCUUGUUUUGGCUCUGGUCUGGCUGAUGCUUGCUAUUUGCGGCCGGGCCCGUGAGCCCAGCGCUGCCCACAAUCGGCGCCUAGCUCCUGGAAGAGGGAACCAGCAGGCAGUGCCUCUAAGUUUGAAUGUCUGUGGCAGUGGCUGCUGCAACGGAUGGGCAUUGGGACCCCAGACCAGACAAUGCACAAAACCUAUCUGCUUCCCCCGCUGUCAGAAUGGUGGAUUUUGCCAACAGCCUCAGACGUGUUUGUGUAAGCCCGGCUUUACCGGCACACGAUGUGAAAUAGUGACUGACCUUCAGCUCCCAACCAAUCCCACAACAGUUUCACCCAAGGCACAGCUUGUGCCAGCUUUGUCAAUGGGACGCAUCAGUAAGAAGCAAAAGAGAGAGAAAGCAGGAGGGAAGAAAGCAUCGAGCGCUCGCUACGUUGGCCGAAAGAAGUCUACGGUCCGAUGGCAACCACUCACUGUGAAACAGGCACAGACAGUGUUACUGAGGAAACUGACACCCUCCAGCCAGCAUUCUGCCAAAAUUGCCAAGAGACAGCCAAUGCCACCUGAUGCCACAGCCAAUGCAAAAAGCCAAGGCUCAAAGAAAUAUGAAGAGAGCCAACCUAGAGUUAAACAAGCAAGUAUCAAAGUCCUCUGUUUGCUUCAGUGUCAGAAUGGUGGAGUGUGUAUUCGAAAAGACCGUUGCCACUGUCCACCAGGGUUCACUGGGAAAUUCUGUCAGAUCUCCACCCGAUCGGCCAGCAGCAGUCAGGUUCCUGACGGUUUCCCAACAAGAGAUCCAGAGCGACACCGUAAACCAAGAGUGGAAACUGUAUACACUCUCCCACUCUCCAACCAACAGCUUUCAAACCAAACAGACCGAUUGAUUCCGCCAAUCGUUAAUCUUCGAGUCCAGCAUCCUCCUGAAGUCUCAGUGAAGGUUCAUCAGGUCACCCAGGUGGUUGGGGAGAAACACACAAAUUCUGCUCAGUUCCACGUCCAGGAGCCAACGUCCCAGAGAGCACCACAGGAGCGACAGGGACCUCUCACUGCUGCUCCCCGAUUGGAUGCAGAGUCUGUGUUUGGAUACUGCUUCACUGAAAUCACCAGCGGACAGUGUGCUUCCCCACUGACCGGCCUGCGGACAGUCGAACGUUGCUGCCAAGGAGGUGGUGUUGGCUGGGGAGUGACCGAAUGCAUUCAAUGUCCCAUUACACCAGGAAAUGACUGCCCCCAUGGAUUUGAAAAAACUGCUGAUGGGCAGUGUCAAGAUAUCGACGAGUGCUCCCUGCCAGGAAUCUGUCAAAAUGGAAAGUGCCUGAACGUGAGAGGCAGUUACAGCUGUGUGUGUAGCCAAGGGUUUGUGCAGGAUACCUCUAAGAGCCGCUGCAUCUCACAGCAGGUGAUCUCAUUAACCAAAGGACCUUGUUAUCGGAUUUGGAGGAGCGGAUCCUGUUCCCUGCCUGUGAGACAGAACAUCACAAAGCAGAUCUGUUGUUGCAGCCGAGUUGGGAAAGCUUGGGGAACAGAGUGCCAGAAGUGCCCAUCCCCACUCACAGAGGGAUUUCGGGAGAUUUGCCCCGCGGGUUCUGGAUAUCAUUACAUCCGGUCAGACCUCCGCUUCAGUAACCGGGGACCAGGGGAGAGGGACCAUGGGAUCACCAAUAUGGAUCGAGCAUCACUGACAAGUACCUCAGCACCAUUUGUUCAGCCCACACACGCUCCGAGGCUGAGAGAGACAGUGAGCACCGUCAGGACAUCACCCACAACAGCAGCUGUGCCCAGGACCCACCGACCAGCUCCUGAGGUUCACAUCUGUCACCGGAUGCCGCAGAUCUGUGGGCCAGGACACUGUGUGAUCCGCCAGCUUGGUUACACAUGUGCAUGUAACACUGGUUUCCAGCUGAACUUGGAGCGCUCGCGUUGUGUUGAUACUGACGAAUGUAGAGUGAGACCUCGGCCAUGCCUCAAUGGUCGAUGUGUGAACACAGUCGGCAGUUUCCAUUGUGCCUGUUCCAAGGGGUUUUCAGCCAAUUCUCACGGGACGGAUUGUGUCGAUAUCGAUGAGUGUCUGGAUAUAUCCACAUGUCCGAACGCAGAGUGUGUGAAUUCACUCGGAUCAUUCCGCUGCCUGCCCUGUCCAACCGGCUACAGAAUCCAGAAUCGAAAGUGUUCAGAUAUUGAUGAGUGUGUAAAUGCUGCACCGUGUGGGAAUUCUGGAAGAUGUGUGAACACGGAGGGAUCGUACCAGUGUGACUGUAACCCUGGAUAUCGGCAAAGCGCUGACGGCAAUCGAUGUGCAGAUAUCAACGAAUGUUUUGAGGGAGAUUUCUGUGCUCCAUACGGGGAAUGUUUGAAUAGUGUGGGAUCCUACACCUGUCUCUGUGCUGAGGGAUUCACUACUUCUGCUGAUCUUUCCACCUGUCUUGAUGUUGAUGAAUGCACACAGCCAGGUGUCUGUGAUCGUGGGAGCUGUACCAAUACAGUUGGGUCAUUUGAGUGCGUGUGUGAGCCUGGAUUCCUCGUUGAUGAAGAUCGAUCCCAGUGUUUUGAUCUUGAUGAGUGCACUGAAUAUCCAACCAUCUGUGGGAGCAAAAGAUGUGAGAAUAUUGCUGGCUCCUUCCAGUGUAUCACUGAUUGUAGUGAAGGAUUUCAGCUCAAUCCUGCUCAGGACUGCAUUGAUAUCGAUGAGUGUGUCAAUGCCACGAUUUGUGGGUUGAAUGCAUAUUGUCAAAACGUGGCUGCUUCCUACCAGUGCCACUGUGACCAGGGUUACCAGAUGACAUCAGAUGGUUCACGGUGUGUGGACGUGAACGAGUGUGAGACUAUCGACGGUGUCUGUGGCUCUGCUGUCUGCGAGAACGUGGCCGGGUCAUUCUUCUGUCUUUGUCUGGAUGAAAAUGAAGAGUUUGAGCCAAGGACAGGACGGUGCAAUCGACGACCUGUCCCGGAUCGGCCGAUGUUCCUGGGAGAGACCAUGAGGGAGGAGAACGAAUGUUACUACAACUUAAACGAUGUGCAGCUUUGUGAAAACAUUCUGGCACGGAAUGUCACAAGACAGGAAUGUUGCUGCACCGUGGGCGAGGGCUGGGGGAGAGAGUGCCGAAUCUACCAGUGUCCUGUUCCUGGCUCAGAUGAAUAUCAGUCUCUGUGUCCUCAAGGGCAAGGAUUUCUCUCCAUCCCACAGUCAUCAUUUGGAAGGAACUACAAAGAUGCUGAUGAAUGUUCCCUGUUCAGAUCUGAGGUCUGUAAGAAUGGUGUCUGUGUGAACACAGUUCCUGGCUAUUCCUGUUACUGUCCAACCGGCUAUUAUUACCACUCCAUCCGGCUGGAGUGUGUGGAUAAUGAUGAGUGUGAGGAAGAAACUGCCUGUGAUAACGGCGAGUGUGUGAACACAGUUGGAUCCUAUUACUGUUCUUGUCAACCUCCCCUCAUUCUUGAUGUGACACUUCGACGAUGCAUCUCGAACAGCAGUGAACAGUUUGAUGUGCACAUGGCUCUCUGUUGGCAGGAGGUGACAGUGAACCUGUUGUGUAAACGGCCAUUCCUGGAGAGACAAACCACGUACACAGAAUGUUGUUGCCGAUAUGGUGAAGCCUGGGGAAUGGACUGUGCCCUUUGCCCUGCCAGAAACACAGAGUAUCACAAUGAGUUGUGUAAUUACCUGAGUGUGCCUCUGAGUGAAGACGAGGAUUUUUCUCAAGGGCUGGAAUAUGAAAGCUAUGAGCUACCAAUUGGGCCUGAAUUCCCCCCAGAUUCUCUCAGUCGUUAUCGUCCACGAGGGUAUGUUCCAGUUCCACCUCAGAUUGGAGAUGGGCGUGACUACAGACCUCCAGAACGCGAGCCAUUCCUGCCCCGGGAUUCCCUGCCCAGGCGCCCUCCUUAUGACUCCCGUCAGCUGCGCUCUGGGACAGCCUACAGGAGGCAGAACUCACCCAGCCGGCGUCAUUACCAGACCCGAAGCAGGCAUCUGGGACAGGGCUACAGCACUCGAAGCAUCCAGACACAUGUCCCAGAUCGAGAGGCAGAUCAACCCUGGCGUCGCUACCAGCUCCGGGAACCUGUCCGAGCUGCUCCAGAAUUCCGAUCUCCCAGUGUCCCCCUUCUCGUCAGCAGCAAUGAGGAAUAUGACAACCAAUUCCAGCGUUAUGAGGGUCUGCAAGCUGAGGAAUGUGGGAUCCUGACCGGCUGUGAGAACGGGAAAUGUAUCCGUGUCCCUGAAGGAUUUACCUGUGCCUGUGACGACGGUUAUCAACUCGACAUGACCAAGAUGACGUGUGUCGAUAUAAACGAAUGUGAUGAAGUGGAUGACCCGAAGACACUCUGCAGAAACGCAAAGUGUGCCAACACUGACGGUUCUUACCGAUGUAUCUGCUUACGGGGUUACGUGUUGUCACGGCAACCCAACUACUGUGUGCCAGUGGAGCAGAGAGCAUGAAGAGAGCAGGCCUGUGAAACCAAAGAUUCAGACUAGCAAUCAAUUCCACGUUUAUCAGACAAGGGGAGUGGUAUAGAAUAAGAGGGUGGAAGGUAUUUAUUUAAUUGCUAUUUAAUUGAUAUUGGACAGCACCAGGGAAGGAAUGUAAUAAAUGCCCAGCCACAUAAAAUGAGAUAGGCAUCCCUGAAUUGUGCCAUUCAGGCUCUCUUCCCAAAUCUUUAAGCAGGUAUCUGUUGGGCUUCAACCCAAUAGCUGGAAGAUUCAGUCCCAUUCCCUCAUAUAGCAAGGAAUUCUGAAUUUCUUUCUUGAUCACAAAAACACAAAAAAGAUCCCAGGUAUCAUUUGAAAUAUCUACCUGCCUGUUUUAUAAAAUGUCAUUACUUUGUGGGGUUGAAUUAAGAUGUUGCCAGUCACUGUGUUGCUUUAUCCCUGAGAAGCCCCUGCCCUUUGGAGAAAUGAUUUUUCUCACUGUGUAUUUAGCAGGGAUGUAAACAGAAAGAACCCCACCUGCCAACCUCCUUCGCUCCUGUGCUCUCCUGCUAUACCCAGCACCACAACAAAUCCUUAGUGCUUCUCAUUCACUCUGAGACAGUGAAGGUGAUGAGCCAUUCGAACAGUGAAAGAGGCACCCAAGCUGAAUGACCCAAUAGGCAAUGGCAUACACUGGAUGAUGAUGAGGUAUGGGACACUGACUGAUUUCCUCCUCCUUGCCCAGGGGAUGUUAAACAUCCAACAGCAUCAGAUCGUGCAGCAAAGACGGAGAUCAAAGCUGAACUGUAAACCUUAGUGAGCAUCCGGUAGAAACUUGAUUUAGCAGCAGUUCAUCAGUUUCUCUCAGAGAAAUCACUGAAACACUGGGCUCACAGAGAUGGUAAAGUUUGCCGUAAUCUGAUUUACAUAUUAGAUCUGGUAAAAUUUCCCAUUGACCUGAUGUUUUCGUCGGUUCUAAUCACUGAGAAUGGAUCCUGGAACUUGAUUCAAAAGUGUGAACAUCUCUAUGCUCUUUUGAUGCCUUCGGUAAAUCCACCUACUUCUAAUCACGCUCUCUGUCUGAGUCAACGCUGAUCUUCCUGUCAAUCGCUGUGAUGUGUAAUGGGGCAGCUUCUACAAUGAAAACAGCAUGAUGUUGUAACAUGUUGCCAUUCCCUGUCCAUCCAAUCCAUAUUGAGCCCUGUUUGAGAUUUUGACAAAUCUAAGCCUGCUACGUCCUGACCCUCUGCUUCUUUAUCAAUUUCUUUUCCAUUCUUUGCAAUCACAACAAGUGUAGACAUUAGACCUUGCAUUUUCACCUUGAUUUCUCAAAGAUAGUCAAUUUUCAGAGAUGAAUGGGGGUUAGGAAUCCCAUAAUGACCAUAAUGACAAUUAAAUACAUAAUCUUAACCUCAAGAGGCUACUGGACUUUCAUUAGCCAACAUCCCUCUGUCUCCCCCAUUCAAAAAUAACCAUGUAGUGAUACCACCAUAACCAAUCCUAGACUUUAGAUUACUGCUUCUAUCUAACUAGCACACCAGAAUCAGGAACAAAAUUAUGGCUGUCACAAUGGAAGAACUCAUCACUAAUCACUGUGUAAAACAGCAUCAAAGAAAUCAGCAGCAUUGAAACAAACCUGUGUCCCUCCUUCUUACCCACUGUCACUAUUCCCUAUUCCUCGUUCUAUCUAUUAAUGUGCUGUUCUAGUCCUUGUCCCAUAUAAAUAAUCCUUCCUGCAGGAAUAACACAUUUCUUUUGUAACUUUCUUUCUUCUGAGAUCAAAACAUUGAGAGACAAACUGAUUUUGGAAGGAAUUUCCAGGAAUAAUAUUCCCAACAAAAUCCAGAAAGAGUAAAACUGAGACAAUUGUUUUCAAUAUGCAGGGGCGUUAUUUCUCCAUGUUUGCUCUCCACAUUCUGUGCUGGUCAGGCUCUUUAUACGAUCGAUAAAUUUGGUCUCACACUGUGUCUCGCCCACAUUUUGCUGCAAUUUAGAAUAGCUGAGAUAUUGUUGGGUAGCUCCACAAAUAUCCCACAAGCUUUGCCACUUGUGAGAGUGGCUACUGAUAUUCGUGUACUUUUGCUAUGAAACUACAUAUUUUGUACAUGUUUAUGAAUAAUGAGGGCAUUUUUUACACUUUUGGUUUGUUGUACUGUUUCUCAACUUCUUUUUAAUCCGCUCACAUUAAAAGCCAAAAUAAAA